AUGGCGGCGAGUCAGGGAGGUGGUGGUAACAGUGGGGGCGGCGGUGGUGGUGGAGGUGGAAGUAGCGGUGGUUGUGGCGCUGCCGGAGGAGGCGGUGGAGCCGGAGGGGGAGGCGGCGGCGGCGGGACCGCGGUGCUGCCCAUCCCGGUACCGACUCUUUUCGGGCAGCCUUUCCCCAACGGGCCGCAGUGGAACCCGGGGAGCUUGCAGCCUCAACACACCGCGAGGAGCCUGGACCGGGCCCUGGAGGAGGCGGGCAACUCCGGCAUCCUGAGCCUCAGUGGCAGGAAACUCCGAGACUUCCCGGGCAGCGGCUACGACCUGACGGACACCACCCAAGCAGACCUUUCAAGAAAUCGUUUUGCAGAAAUUCCUUCUGAUAUCUGGUUAUUUGCACCUCUUGAAACAUUAAAUUUAUACCAUAAUUGCAUUAAAACCAUUCCUGAAGCCAUUAAAAACCUGCAGAUGUUAACGUACCUUAACAUUAGUCGAAAUCUUUUAUCAACGUUGCCAAAAUACUUAUUUGAUCUUCCUCUUAAAGUUUUGGUCAUCAGUAAUAAUAAACUGGUAUCCAUUCCAGAAGAAAUUGGGAAGUUAAAAGAUUUAAUGGAAUUGGAUAUUAGCUGCAAUGAGAUUCAGGUUCUUCCCCAACAAAUGGGAAAAUUACAUUCACUUAGAGAGCUCAAUAUAAGAAGAAAUAAUCUUCAUGCCUUGCCAGAUGAAUUAGGAGAUCUUCCCUUAGUCAAGCUGGAUUUCUCUUGUAAUAAAGUGACCGAGAUUCCAGUUUGUUACAGGAAGCUGCAUAAUUUACAAGUAAUAAUUUUGGAUAACAAUCCAUUGCAAGUACCACCAGCGCAGAUAUGUCUAAAGGGUAAAGUUCACAUAUUUAAAUACUUAAGUAUCCAAGCAUGUUGCAGAAUGGAUAAGAAACCAGAUUCUCUGGAUCUUCCAUCACUGAGUAAAAGAAUGCCCUCCCAGCCUCUCACAGACAGUAUGGAAGAUUUUUAUCCAAAUAAAAAUCCUGGCCCUGACUCUGGAAUUGGAAGUGAUAAUGGAGAGAAACGGUUAUCUGCAACAGAACCAUCAGAUGACGACACAAUCAGCCUUCACUCUCAAGUCUCAGAAUCAAAUAGAGAGCAGACAUCAAGAAACGAUAGUCACUCCGUUGGCAGUAAACCUGAUUCUCAGAAAGACCAGGAGGUGUAUGAUUUUAUUGAUCACAACACAGAAGAUGUAGCAGUUCCCGAACAAGGAGAUGCACAUAUUGGAUCCUUUGUCUCUUUCCUUAAGGGAAAAGAAAAAGGUCCUGAAAAAUCUCAGAAAAAUGAAGAAUUAGGAGAUGAGAAAAGACUUGGAAAAGAACUUGCAGAGGAAGAAGAUGAUGAUUUGAAGGAAGUAACUGAUUUGAAGAAAGUAGCUGCUCAGUUAUUGCAUCAAGAGCAAAAGAACAGGAUUCUUAAUCAUUCAACUUCUGUUACAAGAAACAAGCCAAAAGAAAAUGUGGAAUGCGAAAAGAGUGUCUCAGCAGAUGAAGUUAAUUCACCAUUAUCACCACUCACAUGGCAGCCCUUAGAAAAUCAGAAGGAUCAAACAGAUGAACAACCGUGGCCAGAAUCUCAACCUAUAAUCUGGCAGAGUGAAGAAAGGAGGCGGAGCAAACAGAUUAGAAAAGAAUAUUUCAAGUAUAAAUCAUCAAGGAAGAGUUCAAGUGGCAAUGAAAAUGAUGAGCAAGACAGUGAUAAUGCUAACAUGUCACCACAAUCUCCAGUAUCAUCUGAGGAAUAUGAUAGAACUGAUGGUUUUUCACAUGGUCCUUUUGGCUUGAAGCCAAGAUCAGCUUUUAGCCGCUCAUCUCGCCAAGAAUACGGGGCAGCAGAUCCUGGAUUUACAAUGAGAAGAAAGAUGGAACAUUUACGGGAAGAAAGAGAGCAAAUACGACAACUUCGCAAUAAUCUCGAAUCCAAGUUGAAAGUAAUUUUGCCUGAUGACAUUGGAGCUGCACUGAUGGAUGGGGUUGUUCUUUGCCAUUUAGCCAAUCAUAUAAGGCCACGCUCUGUAGCUAGUAUUCAUGUGCCAUCACCAGCUGUGCCUAAACUGAGCAUGGCAAAAUGUCGAAGAAAUGUAGAAAAUUUUCUUGAUGCUUGUAAAAAGUUGGGUGUUUCACAGGAAAGACUCUGUUUGCCUCAUCAUAUUUUGGAAGAAAGAGGUCUUGUGAAAGUUGGUGUCACAGUUCAGGCUCUUCUUGAAUUACCUACAACCAAGGCAUCUCAGCUUUCUAUGGCUUAAUAUAACAUUUAAAAGUCAUAAGUGUAAAAUUUCAUUUAUUUGAAGUUAUUUCAAAUAUCUCAAAUUCAUGAA